UUUUUUUUUAAAUCUGCAUUUUCGUCUUUACAGAGAUCAGAACUGUGACAUUCCGUGUUUUGGACUCACUCUUGGAACCAAUACAGUUUGCAGAUCACUCCUUCAGACUGGAUCUGAGCCAGAAACGUAAGAACUUCCUCCGGCGACUGCAGGGGACUCUCAACUCAGCUGAAAAACUGAGGAAAUAUUCAAUCAUAAUUAUGUUGAAAAUGCUGAUGCUAGAAAAUCUGGGAAAAUAAAUUUAAAGAGAAACUAUUUUUUUUAUUAUGUCCACUAUGGUAACAAUCCAGUCAGUAUAUUAUCAUCAGACUGACCAAUGAGGCAGAUAUGCUUCUUACCAGCUCACUUAGAUAAGAGCGGAGUGCCUGCUAAUGCUUGACAUAUCCCUUAUUUCCUGGUGGCCUUUAAACGUCAGAUCCUUACAGAAGAUGGAUCAGACCUGCACGUCUAAGACCAGCCGACUCUCGAACCUCAGCAGACUUUUGUUGCUGCUGUUUCUGGCAGGACUUCAGUCUGUACUGUCUUCGGAUGGAGAGCAGCCUGACCAAGGUGAAAGUGAUGAUAACAGAGGAGUGACUGUAACGAUAAUCGGUCCGGACUACGUGACGGUGGGGGUGCCGAGCACCGUUGAGUGUGAUGCCGCCGGAUGCACUGGAUGUCUCUACUCCAUGUCUCUGGAUGGGCAGACCGCUCAGGGUCAGGGCAACGUACUGGCCUUCACUGUAAACCAGUGGGUGGAGGCUUUAAUGGUGUCGUGCACGGCCACAGAGGAGGACACAGGGCAGACCGCCACGACAACGAAGAAACUGCAGGUGUUAGACGGACCUGCCAACAUUUCCAUCACAGGCGCUGAGUUGAUGAAUCCGACCGUGAGCCACACCUACAGCUGCCACGCCCACUGUCGGCCAUCUUGCUCCUACACCUGGAGGUCAGAUCAUGGCCCGUGGAUCGGUGGUCAAGGGAAUGUGAUCUCUAUCGUUCCUCAGGAGAUGAAGAACUCCACGGUGCUCACCUGCAGAGCCACUAACAGUGUGUCUGGGCUGUUUGUCUCUGCCUCGCGGCGCAUUACUGUGAUAACCGGUCCAUCAAAGGUCCAGAUCGAAGGCCCCGACCUUAUAGAAAUCGCACAAAAGUAUGAGUUCACGUGUUCCGCCGAGUGUCUGCCAUCUUGUCGCUACUUGUCGUCUGUGGACGGUCAGACCGUGAGGGGCAACGUGAUCGAGAUGACAUUGGAUCAUCCGCUUCAAUCUGUCACCCUGAAGUGCGAGGCUCAAAACACUGCUUCCAGGAGGACAGCCACAGUGUUUAAAAGUGUACAAGUAAAAGGGUCAAAUCGAAACCGGUCUGUUCGUCCUGAAGAGACCUCAGCACUGCUGCUGUUGGCCUCCAUGAUGACUGUCGCCUUUUCACUGUGAUCCACUGCACACAGGUUCAGCGGAUGAAUAAGUGACAAAGAAAUCUCUGAAGCUGGUGUGACUCACACACUCAUAUAAAUGACUCCUUUGCACUGGCCUCACAUGUUGACAGAGGGCUGAUCCCUGUUUGCACAUCGCAGGGAGGGACGUGGAAAAGGGGUUAAAUGUCCACAGUGUGGAGAAAGGAGCGCUGGACGUCAGAAAUGGUUGAUUUGUCCUCAACACUGAUUUAGCUGAAGAGUCUAAAAAUGUUCGGAUGCUUAAAUGAUAUACACUGACUUCUCUAACAAGAGUUAUCAGAUUUGUAAAAACGCUGUCUCACGCUUCAAUUAAAAUCUUAA